UCAACUGUGUUUCUGGUACGUACCCACGGUGGGAUACGUUGUGCACUGAAACGAAUGUAUGUUAAUAAUGUGCCGGAUCUCAACAUCUGCAAGAGAGAAAUUACAAUUAUGAAAGAGUUAUCUGGGCACAAGAACAUUGUGACCUAUUUGGAUUGUGCAGUUAACUCGAUAAGCGAUAAUGUUUGGGAGGUACUCAUUCUCAUGGAGUACUGUCGAGCUGGGCAAGUUGUGAAUCAGAUGAAUCAGCGUCUGCAGACAGGCUUUACUGAAUCAGAAGUAAUGCGAAUAUUUUGUGAUACAUGUGAAGCUGUUGCCCGGUUGCAUCAGUGCAAAACACCUGUAGUUCACCGGGAUCUAAAGGUGGAGAAUAUAUUGUUAAACGAUAGCGGGAACUAUGUUCUCUGUGAUUUCGGCAGUGCCACUAACAAAUACCUUAAUCCUCAAAAAGAUGGUGUUAAUGUGGUUGAAGAAGAAAUUAAAAAGUAUACAACGCUGUCAUACAGAGCUCCCGAAAUGAUCAAUCUUUAUGGAGGAAAACCAAUUACUACCAAGGCAGAUAUCUGGGCACUUGGCUGCUUGCUGUAUAAACUUUGUUUCUUUUCACUUCCCUUUGGAGAAAGUCAAGUUGCUAUUUGCGAUGGAAGCUUUACCAUUCCGGACAAUUCCCGAUACUCUCAUAGUAUGCACUGUUUGAUAAGAUACAUGCUUGAACCGGAUCAAGAACAGAGACCCGAUAUCUUUCAAGUAUCUUACUUUGCCUUUAAACUUGCCAAAAAGGAUUGUCCGGUGUCUAAUAUCAAUAAUUCUCCUGUCCCUUCAACUCUUCCUGAACCCAUGACAGCUAGUGAGGCAGCUGCUAGAAAAAGCCAAAUAAAAGCAAGAAUAACAGAUACUGUUGGACCAACAGAAACCUCAAUUGCACCGCGACAAAGACCAAAGGCAAAUUCAAGCACUACCGCUUCUAGUGUAUUGACGAUCCAGAGCUCAGCAACUCCAGUCAAAGUACAAGUUCCUGGUGAAUUUGGUAAUCGUGGGCAAAAAGGAACCACGCGAGUGGGGAACGGGCAAGAAGUCUUGCAGUCCCAAGGGACCAACCAGCACCCCCCGCAGCAGAACAGAGUUCUUCAGCAGCUGCAGCAGGGAGACUGGAGACUGCAGCAGCUACACCAUUUGCAUCACCAGCAGCAGCAACCUCCCAUGCAGGAUGCUUACAUUCAGCAGUAUCAACAAGCAAUGCACCAGCAGAUGGUCCAACAGCAGCUGUUGAUGCAGUCUGUGUACCAGCACCAACCUGCCCAAUCUCAGUAUCCCGCAAUGGUGCAGCAAUAUCAGCAGGCUCUCCUACAGCAGCAGAUGCUUGCUCAGCAGCAGCAGCGGUCACAACAGCUGCAAUCUCCUGAAUAUAUCACCUCUCCACAAGACUUCUCACCAGCCUUAAUCUCCUACCCUGGGUCACUUCCAGUGCAUGCUGGAACAGUUGCGGAUUCUCCCUACCCUGCAAGCAGGUCAGGUAUUCCUGAUAGUGAAGCGAUUGCCAGUUACCCAAAGCAGAGCAUCAACAACCCACCUGAUAUGUCAGGCUGGAACCCGUUUGGAGAGGACAAUUUUUCCAAGUUGACGGAGGAGGAGCUGCUGGACAGAGAAUUUGACCUGCUAAGAUCAAACAGGCUGGUGGACAGGAGAGCGUCUUCAGAUAAGAAUGUGGAGCCACAUUCUGCUCCACAGAAAAAUCCUACCGAGGAUCCCUUUGGUUCUGUUCCUUUCAUUUCUCACGCAGGUUCCCCUGGAAAACAAGUGGAUAACCUAGCCAGCAGUCAAGGAAAUAACUUAGGGACCCCGGCCAAGGCUGGAAAACUGAGCCAUGCUUUUAGAGAUCCCCGGCCAGGGAGGAAGACUGCAGAGGGACAAGUGACAAAAGGUGGCGAUGAGUCGGAGAGCGAUUUUGAAUCUGAUCCUCCUUCUCCCAAGAGCAGUGAGGAAGAAGAAGAACAGGAGGAUGAAGAAGUCUUGCAAGGCGAGAAUGGAGACUUCAAUGAUGACAAUGAUACAGAACCGGAGAAUUUAGGCCACCGACCUCUCCUCAUGGACUCUGAGGAAGAGGAGGAGGAAGAGAAGCAAAGUUCCGACUCCGAUUCCGAUCGUACCAAGCAAAAAUCUGUGGAAGGGCUCCUGAGCGGUAGGUUCAGAGAUGGUGUGGGCAGCGGUGAAAUCAAAGAACCCCGUUUGAUGCAUACGUCCUUGUCUGAGGUGCCGAGUACUGUGCUCAAGGUGAACCCUGGCCAAGAAUUUGACGUGUUUGGUGCCGUGCCCUUUUUUACUCUGCAGCCUCAGGCAAGAGAGAAGGUGGACAAAGAUCUCUCUUCUCCGAUGGCUUUUCCCGGCCUGAACCAAGAGCAGGAUGACUUUGAUGUUUUCACAAAAGCCCCCUUCAGCAAAAAGGUGUCUCAGCAAGAUGGCCCGGUGACGGGAAUGGAGCCUCUGUUCUCCUCCACCUCGCCACGGACCGUCGAUAUUUUUGGCUGCACCCCAUUUCAGCCUUCCCUUCUCCCCAAGACCGGUGGGAGUAAAGAGGACCUGUUUGGGCUGGUUCCUUUUGAAGAGAUCACAGGGAGUCAGCAGCAGCAGAAGGUGAAGCAGCAGCGUAACCUGCAGAAGCUUUCUUCCCGCCAAAGGCGCAUGAAGCAGGACGUCUCCAAGAGCAACGGCAAGCGCCACCACGGCACCCCGACCUCCACGAAGAAGGCGUUGAAACCGAGCUACCGCACCCCUGAGAGAGCCCGCAGGCACAAGAAAGCCGGCCGCAGGGACUCGCAGAGCAGCAACGAGUUCCUGACCAUCUCGGACUCCAAAGAGAACAUAAGCGUUGCGUUGACUGACAGCAAAGAUCGAACCAACCCUCUGCAGGCAGAUGAGAGUCUGCUGGACCCUUUUGGAGCCAAACCCUUCCACCCGCCAGACUUGAUGCGGCACCCCCAGCAUCAAGGGUUUGGUGACAGCCGCGGGGAUCACGGCACAGUGGUAGUGGCUGGUAGAUCCAGGCAGAGCUCCUUGCAUGGAGCCAUUCACGGUGGCGACGGGCUGAAAACGGAUGACUUUGGUGCGGUACCGUUCACGGAACUGGUCGUGCAGAGCGCGCAGAGCCAGCAGCAGCAGGCGCUAGAGUUAGAUCCUUUUGGAGCAGCUCCGUUUCCUUCCAAACAGUAA